AUGCGCUUCCAUGCGUUCGCCGCCACCAUCUUCUCGCUCGUGGCCAUUGCAUAUGCAGACGCAGACGAGCCCGAUCACGGCGCUACAGCCAAAUCGAUACUGCAAAACCUCCGGCAAGGCUUCGAAGCGCUCGCUGGCGCCGCCAACCAGUUCCACGGUAGCCCUGAUGGACUAACCUCGGCUGCGAGCGGUCUGCUGGAGAAUCUGGAGGCCGACCUGGUGCGCAUGAAAAACAUCCCGUCGCUCAAAGCAACACAAUGCUUGCCUCUUGUUUCUCCAGCUUUGAAGGUAGAGAAGCACGGCAAUAUUCUGGCGGGAGUGCUCAAGGCUAGAAGACCCGAGAUUGAGCUGCACAGCCUCUGCGACACGGUGGAAGGGUUUCUCUCGCGUGGCGUCGACACCUCCGCCGAGUUCAUGGAGGUCCUCAAGCGAAAGGUGCCCCUGCUGGUGCGACCUGUGGUCAAGCUCAGCGGCGACAUGACGAUUAAAACGCUCAAGCAGCUUCGCGAUCAUUUCUCAUCCGACGUUUGCAUCAACCGCUCGCUGCAUUGGUGUCCGCGGUCAUCGCCGCUGAUGCUGGCGCCGAAGCACACUUGUUUAGUCAAAUAG